GCGAGUUCGUUUGACAUAUUUCACCGCCCGUCAUAAUAGAAAUGGAUGACUUGGAGCGAGAAGGUAUAAAUGAGGAGCUGAUUCAGUUUGCCAUUCAAGAGAGCGUUGAAGAUGCCUUCAGGCUGCCAUGUUCAGUCCAAACACACAGGAAAGAACCAAACAGUGACGACUUUGUGAAGAUAAUGGCGGCCAUUUAUAAAGGUGAUGUGUGUGCACUGCAGGAGCUGUCAGGCUGCGUGUCGGCCUUCAGAGUGAGCGACAGCAGGGCCCGGCUGCCUCUGCACGUAGCAGCUGUGCAGCCGCAGCCGGAGAUCCUGCAAGCGGUGCUGCAGGUGCUGGUGACGUCCACAGAGCUGACCCUGGAGCAGCAGACGCAGGACGGGGACACGGCUCUGACUCUGGCGGUGGAGGCCGGCCUGGUGGACAACGUCCGGAUGCUGCUGCAGCACGGAGCCUCACCACACAGCACCAACAGCAGGAACGAGUCUCCUCUGCUCAUUGCCGUGAGAGAAAGGUCCUAUGACAUGGCUCUAUCCCUCAUCAUGGGAGGGGCCUAUGUGGAGCAGGUGUGUCUCACCAGGUGCACGGCCAUCCAUGAAGCUGCUAAGGUGGGUUGUCCAGCCAUCGUGGCGCUGCUGCUUCGACACGGAGCCAAAGUGACGGGUCGAGACGGACACGGGGUGACACCUCUGGGGGUUGCGGCUGAAUACGGCAACACUGAAGCGUUGGACUUGCUCAUACAGAACGGUGGCGACGUGAACGCCCAGGCCAGCAACGGAGACACGGUCCUGUAUGACGCGUCGGGAUCUGGAAACCUGGACUGCAUCAAGCUGCUCCUGCAGCACGGAGCCAACCCAAACGUGGCCAGCUAUGCCUGCCAGCUGCCCAUCCACAGAGCCGCAUACGAAGGACACACACUAGCCCUGAGGACUCUCAUCCCCAUCACCACAAAGCGAGCGAUCCGUCUCUCAGGCCAGAGCCCCGUCCACUCAGCAGCUGACGGGGGACAGGUUGAGUGUCUGGAGCUGCUCAUACAGAGAGGAUAUGAUGUCAGCGCCCUGCUGCACACGCACAUCUCUGAGAACUACGGGGACCUCAGGAAGACGCCUCUGUACUUCGCCGUGUCCAACGGGGACAUGACCUGUGCCGAGAUGCUGCUGGCGGCUGGAGCGAGAACCGACCUGGACCCGCUGCAAUGCAUCCUGGUCGCUGUACGAGCCGAGAGGUACGAGCUGGUGCGGCUGCUGCUGUCCCACGGAGCCGAGGUGAACUGUUACUUCAGGGUGAUCAGUAACACAGUGUUUCCCACAGCCCUGCAGUACUGCCUCAGGGACCGGGUCAUGCUGCAGCUGCUGCUCAACAGCGGAUACCACGCUGACAAGUGUUUCCAGUGUUGCCAUGCCCAGGGUGAAGAAAUGGACAGUACCUGGAUUGACCUCCAUAACCAAGUCUACCAAAUUUACAGUCAACCUGUUGUGGUCCCAUUCUGUGAGUUUGUGUCGGUGUCGUGGCUCACCCACCUGGCGGGCAGCGUGGUGAGGAUGCUCCUGGACUACGUCGACUACGUCAGGAUCUGUCCCGACCUCAGACGCAUCCUGGAGAGGAGGCCGGAGUGGGAGGAGAUCUCUGACAUACUGAGCAAACCUCGGUCCUUGCAGCACUUGUGUCGAUUGGUGAUCAGACGUCACAUGAGCCUCAGGGCGCUGAACGACCCCAAAGCCAUGGCUGCUGCUCCUUUCCCCCCGAGACUGAAGAGCUACCUGACCUACAGAGAGUACGACCUGUACGCUGACUUCUCCUCGACGUGAAAAACUAAACGUAAAUAGUUUUAACUGGAAUAUCUUUUUUAUAUCACAUGUUUAUGAGAAUAUUUCCUCAAAGGUUCAAAAUGUCAGAACAUCUCAUUUCUACCCAUCUUGUGAAUAUGUCAUUUAUCAUAUCAUAUCACAUAGCUAUAAAAUGCAUUCUUUAUUCCUGUAUAGAUGAGGUGUAAAUUGUUUUGGAAAAGAAUAAGCUACAAAUUCAGUGUUUUUUUCUUUUCUUUGUGUAUUGAUUAUGUAAUAUAAGAUUUGAAAAUAAAAUGUUUCUUCUAUUUUGUAAUAAAAAUGGCUGAAUUCACCAGAAC